AAUAAAAAUUAUCGUCAUAUAAAUACAAUGUCAACAACUAAUAAAGACUAUAUAUAUACGUUGCAAAAGCAACGUAGCCGACAAAAACGUGAAAAUCUAAAAUAUAAACCAUCACGAAUUCAGUUACAGGUAAUUGGCAAUGGAAGUCCUUCAGAACCCAGAUGCGUAAUGCUUAUUACCGAUCAUAUCAAUUAUGUAUUCAAUUGUGGAGAAGGUACUCAACGUUUGGCAGCAGAGCAUCAUGCAAAACUUACAAAAAUACAACAUAUAUUUAUUACAAAAGCUUCAUGGAACAAUAUCGGUGGUAUAUUAGGAACUUCGCUUACAAUACAAGAUGCAGGAGUACCAUUUCUUAAUCUACAUGGACCAGAAAUAAUAAACGAACUAUUUAGUGCUUCUCAAUAUUUUAUAAACUUGAAUAAGAUACAGAUUAUACCUGCAAAUACAUCACUACAAUUUAACGAUAAGACAAUGAAAGUUACUGCUAUCUCAAUACAGAAUAAUAAUGAAUAUUCAAACGAUCAUAAAUUAAUAGAUCAUGAAUUUAUAGAUAAUUGUAAACACAAGGUUAACUCUAACGGUAAAAGAUCUCGUUCGCCUUGUAAUCAAUGCAAUUAUAUUAAUAAUAUUGACUUAAAAAAGAAUGCAGAUAAUAUGCUGAUUUAUAUUUGUAAAAUACAUGAUAAAACAGGAACUUUAAAUAUUGAAAAAUGUGUUAAUGCAGGGGUUGAGCCUGGACCAAAUUUGGGGUUAUUAAAAUCUGGAUUAGAUAUAACACUUCCAAAUGGGAAAAUUGUUAAAAGUGAAGAAGUAACCUCGAAAACUGAACGAGGCCCUUUAUUUAUUGUUAUGGAAUGCCCUAAUGAAAAUUGGAUCGAUACGAUUGUACAGAAUUCAAUUUUAAUGAAGUAUCAAGAAAAUUCUAUUACAAAUAAGAAUGAAAUAGUUAAUGUUAUAGUACAUUUUACACCUGAGAAUGUACUAAACAAUUCAAAAUAUAUAGAGUGGAUGCAAAAAUUCGGUGCAGAAACUGAACAUUUAAUAAUAAAUGAAAAAAAUACUGGUUUUUCUAGUGAAUCUAUUCAUAAAAUGCAAUAUAAGCUUAAUUUAGUACAUCCUACAAUAUUUCCUCUUUUUGAUAAUCACAGCUUGAAUAACUAUAGUGACAGAAAUCUUGAAGAUAAUGUUUAUAUAAACGAAAUUCCAAAAUCUGAAACAGACAAAAAUAUCGAACUAGGUACUUCUUAUGUAAAAAAGAAAAUUAUUAUUCAUCGCUGCAAGACCUUGAAUACAUUUUCAUUAAGACCAUUUACAGGAUGGAAUUCAGAAACUAAUGUACAAAUAGAGCCACAAACAUAUAUUAAUGAAGCACACGAUGUUCCAGAAUAUUAUAAAACUAUUUCAGAUUUAAAAUUAAAAUUAAAUAAUAAAGAAAAAGUAAUAGAAGAUGUGCAAAGUUAUCCAAGGCUAUUAAUGUUAGGAACUGGUUCCUCUAUACCAAAUAAAAUUAGAAAUACUAGUGGCAUACUUUUACAAAUAGAUGAAGAAAAAAGUAUAAUUUUAGAUUGUGGAGAAGGAACUGUAGGUCAAAUUAUGAGAUUUUUUGGUGAAUCGGAAGGAUAUAAAAUUUUGAAAACUAUUAAGGCUGUUUACAUAUCACAUCUACAUGCUGAUCAUCACUUAGGAUUUAUUGGGAUCCUAAAGCAUAGAGAAAAAGUCACAGAUGAGCCUUUAUUUUUACUAGCUCCGGAACAAAUCUCAUCAUUUCUUGAACUCUACAACUGCAAAUUUGAAUCCAUUAAUAGACAAUAUAAAUUCAUUAAUAAUAAAGCUUUUUUACAGAAGCAAGAAAUUUUACAAUCGUCAUUGUCAAAAGCUUUAUAUAGUGCCACAGGCAUUUCUAAAAUAUCCACAGUUUUUGUAAAGCAUUGUCUAUUUGCAUAUGGAAUUUUAAUAACUUUAAAUGAUGGACAGAGCAUAUGUUACAGUGGAGACACAAUGCCAUGCAAUACUUUGCUGAAUCUUGCGAAAGGCUGCUCCAUUCUUAUUCAUGAGGCAACAAUGGAAGACGAUUUAGAGCAUGAGGCAACAAUGAAACGUCAUUCUACAAUAUCUCAAGCUAUAGAAGUUGGUGAGAAAGCUGAAGUAGACUUCAUCCUUCUUACACAUUUCUCACAACGCUACAGUAAACUUCCAGUUCUACCAAAAGACAAAAGCUUGGAGUCUGUUGGAAUAGCUUAUGACUUUAUGAUCAUUAGCUUGAAGAAUAUUAAAUUGUUACCUUAUUUCUAUCCAAUACUAGAUAUCAUAUUCAAAGAAUUUCAAACAACACUAAAAGCAAGAGCCCAGAGACGUAUGGUUAGGAGAGAAUACCAGAAAGAACAAUGUAUGGAAAUUUAUAGUAGAUAGACGAUUCUUUUUAUUUAUUUGAAUAAGAUUUUUUG